GACUUUCCAGAAACUUCUGAGAACUCCUGGCUAGAAUUAACUGAUUAAUCUAGCGGCUCAUAUAUAGCCACGUGUUCAUUGAACCCACGCGAGCAUCCUAGGUGGCACCUUCUAUUUUCUUGAAAAUGAUACGCCCCUUUUAUUGCCACCAUUUCUACACUCUCCAUUACUUGCCAAAAAAAACACGCACAAAACCCCAAAAUUUCGUCCCAAAAUAAAUAAAAAAUAAGAAAAACUAAAAGGAAAAACAGUAGCGAGUAUUGGAAAAAACAAUUUCCAAUAAAAUUUUCCGCGAGUAUUGAUAUAUCUUUCAUUUCCUUCUACAUAUAAAAAUAUAAUAAACAAUGAAUGGGGAGCGAAAGGAAGAGGGGGUGGUGAACAUGGAUGUGCAUAAUGAGAAAUUGGUGUAUAUGUGGGGAUAUUUACCUGGUGCUUUGCCACAAAGGUCACCGAUUUUGUCUCCCCUUGCUGUUAGGUCUACUGUGUACGCUUGGAAGGACGUCUGUGGCGGCGGUUGCGGUUUUGCCAUGGCCAUUUCUGAGUCUGGAAAGCUCAUUACAUGGGGUUCAACAGAUGAUCUAGGUCAAAGCUAUGUCACAUCCGGGAAGCAUGGGGAAACUCCCGAGGCUUUCCCUCUCCCAACAGAGGCUUCCAUUGUAAAAGCUGCAGCUGGCUGGGCACAUUGUGUAGCAGCUACAGGCAAUGGAGAAGUCUAUACAUGGGGAUGGAAAGAAUGUAUUCCCUCAGGGAAAGUCUUUAGUGAUCCAUCAGGGGCGGGAGGAAUGGAGAAGGAUGUGUUUGAAAGGCAGAAUCUUUUUUUUACAGAGCAAGGCAGCCCUCGCUCUCAAGGUCCGAGGUCCAGUGGUGGAAGUGGAACUUUGUCUGGACUUGAUGGUAGAGGAAGUAAAGAUGAAAGUACAAAGAGGCGGAGAAUAUCAUCAGCAAAACAAGCAGCUGAAAGCUCAUCCACUGGAGAUGAAACACCCUCAGCUUUCCCAUGCCUAGUAACACUUAACCCUGGAGUGAGGAUUGUCACUGUUUCUGCUGGCGGGCGCCACACUUUAACAUUGUCAGUUUCAGAUAUAGGACAGGUGUGGGGUUGGGGCUAUGGUGGCGAAGGGCAGCUUGGUUUGGGCUCCCGAAUACGGAUGGUGUCCUCUCCUCAUCCCAUACCUUGCAUUGACUCUUCUUAUGGAAAAGAGAGAGAUGCAGUGCUUUCUCGAGGGGGCAUGACUUCAGAGGGACAGGGUUUUAGAGUUCCUGGAACUUAUGUUAAAGGGAUCGCUUGUGGAGGUCGACACAGUGCAGUAAUUACAGAUGCUGGAGCAUUACUUACUUUUGGCUGGGGACUUUAUGGACAGUGUGGUCAAGGAAGCACAGAUGAUGAGUUAAGCCCUACUUGUGUAUCUUCCUUGCUGGGAAUUAGGAUAGAGGGAGUUGCCGCAGGGCUAUGGCAUACAGUCUGUGUUUCUGCUGAUGGUGAUGUCUACACAUUUGGUGGGAACCAGUUUGGACAGUUGGGAACUGGUGGUGACCAAGCAGAGAGGAUGGAAAAGUGUUCUGUUGGGGCUGGAACAAGUAUGGCCAGCUUGGCUUGGGUGAUGUGAUUGACCGCAAUGUUCCUUCUCAAGUUACCAUUGAUGGCUGUGUCCCUAAAAAUGUAGCAUGUGGCUGGUGGCAUACCCUACUUCUGGCCGAGUCACCUACCUGAGUAUCUGACUCUGCCUAGCCUCGGCACAGUUUUGUUAGGUAAAAAGUGUUUUCAGACCGCUGACAUAUCAUUAAGAUCCAUGUAUAGCUACUUGCAGUAGCUUGUAUGCUUACACACGUGCUCGUCCUCAUUCUUUCGUGGCUCAGGUGCACCACAGAUAGUUCCAUCUUUUAAAACUAUUACAGUGAUACAACGCUUUCAAGAUGUAAAACAUGAUCUAGCUAGGUCCGUUGUGUAUAUUUUAUUUAGUACCAUUUGAACAUUAUACUGUACUCAAUGUCAUGAAAAGACAAGUAUUGUUGUGUAUAAAGUGUUAUGGAGUCUGUUAACUUAA